AUGGAGCAAAUUCAGCCAAGCUCGGCGUCGCGCGACUCGAGCCACAAAGGAUCAAACAAGAAUGCCCAUCGACCACUGUUAGAGAUUGCCUGCUUCAAUAAAGAGUCGGCUAUAAUUGCUGCCAGAGCUGGAGCUGAUCGAAUUGAGCUAUGCCGAGAUUAUGCAUCAGGUGGCCUGUCACCUGAGCCCGAGACCGUGGCAAUAUUGAAAUCGCAGAUCUCCAUUCCUAUCUAUGUGAUGAUCCGACCACAUGCGCAGAGCUUCUAUUACAGCGACACAGACUUUGAAGUCAUGAAGCGUACCAUGCAUUCGUUCUUGGAGCAUGGUGCCGAUGGAUUUGUGUUCGGUAUUUUGACUCAGACUGCACCAGAGGAGGCCGUUCCUCGGAUUGACGUAGGGAGGAACAGAGAACUGGUUGACCUUGCGCAAGGUAGGCCAUGUACUUUUCAUCGCGCAUUUGACCAGAUAUCGGAAUCGAACUGGGAUACUGCCCUGACAGAUAUCGUGGAGUGCGGGUUUACUUCUAUCCUGACGAGUGGCCCAUCCGGUGCGACAGCGAUUGAAUGUGUCUCUCAACUAAACCAUCUGGUACAUGAAAGACUCGAGCGGUUAAGGGGACGUGUGAAGGGUCAUGGCCGGUUACCUCAGAUCAUUGUAGGCGGAGGAGUUAGAGCCACCAAUGUUGGAAUGUUAUGGGAGAAAACGCGUGCUCCCGCAUUCCAUUCUGCAGCCCUUGCUCAAUCCUCGGUGGAACUGGUCAGUGAUGGUGAAGUAGAGGCGUUGAGGGCUAUCCUUAACAAAGCAACAUGA